UUAUUUGCUCAGCCUGAGUGAGAAGUGGAAAACUCAGAUUUGAAGUACUCUAGUCGAACGAUGUGUGUCAUGGGCGAAACUUCAGUGCUUCAUUCACACUCGCAAUUGUAACUUUUAGUUCAUAGAGGAUCAAAAGUUUAUCAUAAAGUUUAACUUACUGAAUCUUAACCUCUAAAAUUGAAGCUCUAAUUUUUCUUUAAAUCACUCAUUUAAAUUUUCCAGCUAAAUUCCGUGCGAACCGUCAUUUAAGAAUACCAAGUCAUCAAAUGUCGACUGUCCUUGAUAUACAGCAACGACUGCAUCAAAAACCUCUGCAUCUGAAAUGGCUGUACCGCGGCGUGUUCCUCGUGGCAGUUUUGAUUUCAAUUUUGUUCAUCGUCAGCAACUGUCAAACAGAAACGUUAUUUCUCGCUUCAUUCGCAAGCUUUCCGCGUUACGAACCAAAACUUGAUAACAAUAAGGGUGUCAUUGAUAUCAAAUGUGUCGAUCUCAUGCCCGACAAAUCGUCCUCGAAAUCAAACGUCUCGACAUCGAAUGUUGUAAUUUCGUCUUAUGUUGCAAUGAAUAUUUCUAUCGAUGGAAUUUCCGGAGAGUUUUAUUCAAACAACAUAACACUCGAAGCCUUCAGUCAGUUUAAAGUGUGCACUACCGGUCAGGAUGGAGUUUCUGACUUGGAUGAAGCCUUGCCUUCUGGCCAAAUCAACAUAUCUUCUUCUGGCAGCACCAAAAUUCAUGCCAAUGGCAACAUCACGUUUUCUUCUUCCGGCAACUCAACCAUUUCCACUCACGCUAAAGUCACAAUUCACGCCGCCAAAAACAUAAGCUUAGUUUACUCCGGCUACCCCAUUUCAUUACAUGCAAGAAUAGCAGCCGAAGACUUGGCUAUCCAAAAAGAAUUUUUUUCUAGUAAAUUCAUCGACUGCGAUGAUGGGGGGACUGUCGGACCGGUGGGACGGUCUUGCGCUCUGCGACUAAAGAUCAAUCCAAUAGCCAAGGACUCAUUGGAUUUUGAUUCCAUCCAGCGUCGUAUAGACAGCAGAUGGCGCAAUAAACAUGUUCGGAAUGUGACGAACGGAUCUCUAGCUGACGUCAAAACUAUUUUGGUGUGGGCCGAGAGAAUUCCAUUCAGAACCAAAUAUGGAGACCGGAAGCUGUUUGCAACGUGCCCCGUUAACAGCUGCCAAAUUACCGCCAACAAAACCCUCGUGACUCCUGACGAGGUCGACGCAAUUAUCCUGAACUCGUGGUGGAUGCAAGGGCCGGUACGAUGGAUGCCUUUUCCGGACCGAAAAAGUUAUCCGAACGCGAAGUUCGUACUGCAGUCGUACGAGUCGCCAAUAAGACAAAGACUUCAGGACAUGACGCCAUAUGAAGGACUAGUCGACUACACCAUGGGGUAUAGAAUGGACUCUGACAUCGUGGUGACGAGUGGAGCUGUAAGCGUUAAAGUCAAACCAACCAACUCAAAACUUGACGCAUCUGGAAAUACCAAGCGACGAAUGGCUGCUUGGUUUGUGUCCAACUGCCAUAAAACUCGCAGUGAUAGAAUGAAGUUGGCGCAGUCCUUGCAGAAGCACGGCGUGCAAGUCGACAUAUACGGCAAAUGCGGUAAGCUGCAGUGCGGCCCAUCUCAAUCUGAUGCAUGCUAUAAAAUGGUGGAGCAGGAGUACAAAUUCUACUUGUCCUUUGAAAAUUCCCUCUGCAAUCACUACGUCACAGAAAAAUUCUUCAACUUAUUGCGGUACGACGUCAUCCCGGUAACGUACGGCCUGGGCCACGAGUUGACCGGGGCGCCAAAAGACGCCUACAUCGACGUCUUCGACUUCCCCGACGUCCAGUCGCUGGCCGCCUACCUCCUCUACCUCGACUCCAACGCCACCGCCUAUAAGGAAUACUUCAGGUGGAAGCAGUUCUAUGAAGUGAGCGACUUCCUAUCAGGGAGCAGCGGCUACUGUAGAUUGUGUGAAAUUCUGGUGCGAGGCAUCGAACCUGAACGUGAAUAUACAAGCGUCGCAGCCUGGGUCAACGAGGGCCAGUGCAUCGACGUGGACGAAAACAGAAAAAUAAGCGACUUCAUUGAAGGCAAGCACGCCUCAUCUUCACUGUCGUCCUUGUGACUAUUAUUGAAUAAACAAAUUGUGGAACAGCAGGAAGCAUCGAUAAUGAGCUUAUCGAUCCAGUCAAUUGUAAACAUGAAUUUCAAAAUAAUUACAAGAAUUAAAGUUACUAAUCCUAAAAACAUGAAACAGUCGUUAUCUCAAUAUAUAUAGUGGUGUCAUAAUGUUUCUAGUCUUUUUUUUCCUUGAAGCUGAACCGUCAAUCUUCUAAAUUGUUAUGAAGAUUUGGUUCCUGCUGAUGCUGCUAAGUGACUUAGCGAUAAACAGAAUGGAAAAUAAAUUGCAUGAAAUUG